AUGUUUUGUAAAAAUAUAUAUAAGAUUAUUGUCUUUAGGAGGUUUUUUAGCGUAAACAUUCCCAUCAAAAAGCUACUGGUUUCAACUUCCAGAUCUUCCGGUCCCGGCGGCCAGAGCGUCAACAAGUCUGAAACUAAGGUGCAAAUCAGAUUCAAUGUUCAUUCUGCCGACUGGCUCAGUGAUGAAUUGAAGGAAAAGUUUCUGUAA